AUGUUUGGCGGCGGGUUUGAAAGUUUCUUUGGCGGCGGCUUCGACGGCAGCGGCGGCGGCGGCGCGCCGUCGAAACCCGUCGACAACAGCAAGUUCUACGACGCGCUGGGCGUGCCCAAGACCGCCACGACGGCCGAGAUCAAGAAGGCCUACCGCAAGCUCGCGCUCAAGAACCACCCGGACAAGGGCGGCGACCCCGAGCUGUUCAAGACCAUCACGGUCGCCUACGAAGUGCUGUCGGACCAGGAGAAGCGCGAGCUCUACGACCAGUACGGCGAAGAAGGACUGCAGAACGGCGCGGCCGGCGGCGACGCGAGCGAUCUAUUUAGUCAGUUUUUCCGCGGCCAGGGCGGGCGCAAACCGCGCGGGCCGCAGAAGGGCGAAGACCUCACGCACCCGCUCAAGGUCUCGCUCGAAGACCUGUACAAUGGCAAGACGGUGAAGCUCGCGGUGAACCGCGACGUGCUCUGCAGCCGCUGCGACGGCCGCGGCGGCGCAGAAGGCGCUGAGAAGACGUGCGACUCGUGCCAGGGGCGCGGCAUGCGCGUGCAGCUGCGGCACAUUGCGCCCGGGAUGGUGCAGCAGAUGCAGAGCGUGUGCCCCGACUGCCGCGGCCAGGGCAAGAGCAUCCGCGAGAGCGACCGCUGCAAGGCGUGCAAGGGCAAGAAGGUGACGAAGGAGCGCAAGGUGCUCGAGGUGCACAUUGAGAAGGGCAUGCGCAACGGACAGCGUAUUACGUUUGCCGGCGAGGCCGACCAGGCGCCGGGGACCGUCCCGGGCGACAUUAUCUUUGUCGUGCAAGAGAAGGACCACGCGACGUUCCAGCGGAAAGCCAGCAAUCUGAUUAUGGAAAAGAAGGUGAGUCUCGUUGAAGCGCUGUGCGGCUUUGAGAUGCUGGUCGAGCACUUGGACGGCCGCGUGCUGCAUAUCAAGACGCGGCCGGGCGAGAUCAUUAAGCCCAACCAGUUCAAGUCGGUGCACGGCGAGGGCAUGCCGACGCACGGCAACCCGUUUGUCAAGGGCCAGCUCGUCAUUCUGUUCAAGGUGCAGUUCCCCGAGAGCGGCAGCUUGUCGGAGAAGCAGCUGAGCGUGCUCAAGAGCACGUUGCCCGCGCCCAUGCCGGUCGUGCCGGUGGCAGAAGCCGAAGAGUGUUUUCUGUCGGAGUUUGACGCGGAAGCGGCCAAGGCCGAGCAGCAGCAGCGCGAAGCGUACGACUCGGACGAGGAGCGUGGCGGCGGCCAGCGCGUGCAGUGCCAGCAGCAGUAG